AUGUCGGACGUAGAAGAGAACAACGCACCCGAAGCUCCCGAGGAGGUCGAAGUCUCCGCCGAUGCCUCCAAGGGUCAGAUGUCCGUUCUGGACGCCCUCAAGGGUGUCUUGAAGCUCGCUCUGAUGCACGAUGGACUUGCACGAGGUCUCCGCGAAGCGUCUAAGGCCCUCGACCGCCGCCAAGCUCACAUGUGCGUCUUGAACGAGUCGUGCGAGGAGGAGGCCUACAAGAAGCUGGUCAUUGCCCUGUGCUCCGAGCACAAGAUUCCCCUGAUCAAGGUCCCCGACGGAAAGCAAUUGGGCGAGUGGGCUGGUCUCUGUGUCUUGGACCGGGAAGGCAACGCGCGCAAGGUUGUCAACUGCUCGUGUGUCGUCGUCAAGGACUGGGGUGAGGAGUCGACCGAGCGAUCUAUUCUCCUCAACUACUUCCAGACCGAGCAGUAA